CUGUCCUAUCCCGGUGUUUUCACCUGCAGGAAGGGAGUGGUUUCCUCCUCCUCCGGGCCCCAGGCGUCACUGUCUGCUUUGUGCCGCCGAGAAGGAGAACUACCAUGUCCACUGCUCUGGCAAAACCUCAGAUGCGUGGCCUCCUGGCCAAACGUCUGCGAUUUCAUAUUGUUGGAGCGUUCAUGGUCUCCCUGGGGUUUGCAACUUUCUAUAAGUUUGCUGUGGCUGAACGAAGAAAGAAGGCAUAUGCAGAUUUCUACAGGAAUUAUGAUUCCAUGAAAGAUUUUGAGGAGAUGAGGAAGGCUGGUAUUUUUCAGAGUGCAAAGUGAUUUGGAAUAUAAAGGAUUUCUUGGGUUGAGUUCCAUGGAAGUUUGUCACUUUCCUGUGUUCCUGAACUAUGAAACUAUGACUAUCUGGGGUGAGAAAGUCUCUCAAUAAAUAAACAAUUAACAAAUACUGUGGACACUAA